CAGUCAUGAAAGACCUGCAGGAGUCCACUUUUUCAAAGACUUCGACCAAAGAAAACGAUGUAAAGAAUAUUCUCCGGGUUAUAAUGAUGUAAAUGCUAGUACUUGCGCGAGUUUUUAUUUGAAUUUGAAAAAUCAUCAAGAAAGGAUAGAAAACUCAUGGCUUUCCCUAGUCAACAGCAGAAAACUCCUGAAGGGUUUCUGCGAAGCAAGUACCUUGUCGAUAUUUUUAAAGAAAAGUGCGGACCUUCCUUGUACAAUCAUCAUGGCGAGGCCAUGCUCUUCAUUUUCUCCAUAUGUUGUCUAACUAUUUCUAGAAGUGGCUCUAUAGGUGGAGAAGCAUUUUUUAUUACACAGUGAAAAAAAUUGCGUCUCCCUGUAAAUAGUGCCAUAUUGAUUUAGAAGAUGGCGCCGGAAUAUGUUGGCCUUGACCAGAAGCAGCGUUUCCAUUUUUUUGCUAGAAGUAUCAGCCAUUCUAGACUAUUUUUUCAAGUGCAAGUGCUCCAGUCAUUCUUGAUCGAUCUUGGCAGUAGUUCAGAAGGGCUACUUGAGCUGCUAUAGUGAUGGUGAGCGCUCCUUUUCAGGAACAGCGCUCACGAUCGUCCUCCGAUCGAGAGGUGAACUCGGGCGCUUUGCUGUACAGGUGUUAUUUUUCAAUAGAUGGCGUCUUUGCGUACUGUCAAGGCUGGGAAGUACACAGGCAAACUCGAUGCCAUCAUCAUCGUCAUCAUUAUCAUCGUUUAAUUAUCGUCGUCAUUUACAUUCGGCAUAUUUCUGGAUAUAGACUCUUCUGCAACUCAAACUCUCGAGAUGUUAUACGCAACUUCUGCAUCUGCGCUGCAAGUGGGUUACUUUGCUAAAGCCGAAUAGCUGGCGGCAGUUGUAAUAGCUACUAUUCGUCGUGUGGGAAGAACAAGG